AUGCGACGUCGUCCGCGCUCUUCAUUACCUCGAGAUACUUCUACUACUUCUACUCUUGCUUCUACUACUUCUACUCCAUCUUCUGCGGCUUGUAAUGGUAUAUUCUUUCGUUUACCAUGUGCUUUACUUGUGGAAUUUCUAGAUCUACGUGAAGCUAUUAAUUUUUUAAAUACAAGUCGUUGGUUUCGUUCCGAUCGUGUCUUGACAUCAACGGCAUUAGAAAAGACACGCUAUGCUCAACACUUUCAUCAGAAAUGUGCUGCUGAUUGGUGGCAUUUAACACCAUUAUGGAAAACUGGAGAAAAUUCAUUAAAUGGAAGAGAAUGGGAUGAAGAUGAUCGUACAAGUCAAGAGAAUGUUAAUAUACCAGAAGGUUGGGAAGAUUAUCAUGUACGUACAGCUGCUGGUAAAGAGCUGACGUAUUGGAAAGAUACGGUGCGAGAUACACCACAGUGGCAACAUGUACCACUUUUAUCCAUUAUUGACUUUAUGGUCUCAAAGCUAUUGCCACAGAGCUAUAUUACGUUUAAAUAUGCAGCUACUGUGUAUACUGCCAGACCGGUGAUUGUUAGACUGCAUCCAUCAUGCGAGAGAAAAAACGAGACAAGGAGAAAACAAGAACAGGAUGCUAAGGAUCAAAUUGUUGCACGCAAGAUGAGUGAAGCUCUUGGCGCCCAGAAUGGAAACGGUAAACUUACAUCACUUUUUGGACUUCAUUGGGAGAACAUGAAUGUGGACUCAGAGACGGGUGGAGUGACCUGUGCAGUCUGUCAGUUGUAUGCUCAUGAGGUUGAACGGUACCAGACGAAAGUGGCAGAAAUGAUUAGUGAGUGGCGAGCAGCUGUGAAGGCUGAACUUCCUGGAUGGAAAGAGAAGGGUAUGCACCAGAUGGAGAUUGACCGUCGGACGUACGAGAUGCGAGAAGACAUGAUCCCGUACAAUGGCUUCUUCACGUCCAACGUCGCGCGUCGUCAUGGAGAUAUCAUUAUUCGCCACAUUUGUUCCUACUGGACGACGCUGGACCAUCUCAAGAUAAACACACUCGAGUAUCGAGACGCCUCACAGCUCGUCGCUGCGCUGACUUCAGACAUCAGGAAACAGUGCCAGCAUUUUUCGAAGAUAAAGCAGGCUAUGACGCACGCGUUUCCACGUGUCGCAAGAGUCCGCUACGAAGUGAAUGAGACAGAAUCUGCGCCAUCAUCGAAUUUGUGGCAGAAUCCAGCCGUCACGGAGCUGGUUGCUGGUGUAUCACAUUCAGGAUUUCUUUGUGGCAUGCUGUUUAUCGAGAAGAGCGUUUAA